AACGUCCCAGGUACAAAGCAGAAACUCAAGAAUCGAGAUCCACCUUGCAAACUUUCCACUUCCUCAUCGCCCCGAAAGUCCACUGAGUUGUUAAAUAAAGAAAGGUAAAAAAAAAAAAAAAGCAACGGCAUCUCCAAAAAGAGAAAAAUGGCAGAGCAGGCUGCUAAGCUUCGGUGCCAGCGAAUCGGCUGCAAUGCUACGUUCAUCGAAGACGAUAAUCCGGAAGGUUCCUGCACAUACCACGAUUCGGGUCCUAUAUUUCAUGAUGGAAUGAAAGAGUGGAGUUGCUGCAAAAAAAGAAGUCAUGAUUUCAGCUUAUUCCUAGAAAUUCCUGGAUGUAAGACAGGUAAGCACACAAUUGAGAAACCAGUUUUGACUAAGCCAGCUGCUAUUACAAAGAAUCCAACUUCUACUCCUGCUUUUGCUCUUGCAAGCAGCGCAACAUCAAAAGAAUCUUGCCGUAGGUGCUGUCAGGGUUUCUUUUGCUCGGAUCAUGGUUCACAGCCCAAAGAACUGAACUCCACCACUGCUGCUCCAGGUGAGAGCAGUGCAGAUGUUCAGGCUUCUGCUCCACCAAGGAAGAAAAUUGAUAUAAACGAGACUCAGACGUGCAAAAACAAGGGAUGUGGUAAAGUUUUCAAAGAAAUAGAUAACCAUGAGACUGCAUGCAGUUACCAUCCUGGGCCUGCUAUUUUCCAUGACCGAAUGAGAGGGUGGAAGUGCUGUGACAUUCAUGUAAAGGAAUUUGAUGAGUUCAUGACCAUUCCACCGUGCACCAAGGGGUGGCACAAUGCUGAUCCAGUGUCUUAGGCUAUGGGGAUGAGCAAGAAUGAGUUCCUGUUACUUGUUAAGAGGUUUUCUCUUUCCUUUUGUCUUCUGUUUUUUCUAAUGGAUGUGGGGAUGGUUGGUAACUUGAACACAUACUCUGCAUUUUUAGAUUCCUUACAGCAACUGUAAUCUAGGAUAGCAUUAUCACUUUGUUGGAAAUGUUUAUUGCGCUCAUCUUGCGACUAGAACAUUGAGACUUAUCAAUUGUGAUUGCCUAAUAGUAUUUAAUAGACAUGCUAUGGUUUGAGAGCUAAA